AUGGAAUAAAUCAAAAUUUGUAUCUCAAGUCUCUAGGAAUUUUAGUUUAAUCUGAAUAAAGUAUUGGAUAAAUUGAGAAAAGAGAAUGAUCUUGCUAAUACUCUCAUUUAAUUUGCUGAUGAAACAUUUCGAAGCAAUGAAAGCCUAUUGAAGAAAUAUCUUCUGUUAAUGAUAAUUAGAGAUGCAGUUUAUACAAAUCCAAUUGGUUCUGUGACAAAUAAAUUAGCUAACAAUAACUCCCUUUUGAAUUAUUUAUAGGAGGUAGUCAUGUUUCAACCUGGUUCUGAUGAUGAAUACAAAGGCAUUUAUAGAUUUGAAAAUGAUAUUCCAUAAAUUGCUAUUAAAUACUUCAAUUUGAUAUUGGAACUAAUCAAAUGCUUGGCUGAAAAAUAUCCUGCCACUUCAAGCAACAAACCUACUAAGUUUAAAAUACUGUAUGACAGAUUGAUUCAAUAAGGAAUUAUCUUUCCUAAACAUAACCUAGAAUUAACAGCGAAUGUUAAUGAAAUUGAAGAGGCUGCUGAAGAGAGCUAACCUGUUAAAAGGAAUCAAGUAUAGUAGAUAGAACCGAGUAGGCAAAGUGGCAUCAAAUAAUUGGAGGAAUUGUAACUCGAAAUGACUGAUUAAAUUGAAACUAUUUGGGAUAUGCUUUACGAUUAAAAUUGUAAUCCAGAUGGUGCAAAAGACAUGUUGCAGUUCUAUUGUGAUACUUUUAAAGAGAGUGAUGCCAAAUUACAAUAAUUGGAAUAUGAAUUAUCCGACUAAUUGACUCAAUAACAAAGAGACUAGAUUGAAAUAUUGUGCAACUUCAUAAAGAUUUUUAAUUUGAAGUUUAAUCAUUUUGAAAGAAACAAAACUAAGAAUGGAUUCUUGGAAUUUCAACAUGCAGUUUUAACAGAGGCUAGCAAAAUUACAAAAAAAAAUUACACUCCUUCUGAUGCCUAUCAAAAAUCAAAGAUAUAACCUCUUUCCUCUACCAGAUAAAUUGGUCAAGAUGACACUCAAGAUGUUGCCAGAUUGAACGAUCACACUUAAAUUCAGGUCAAAUAACAAGUUGUAUCUCAAAUUAAUUAUCAAGCCUAGUCGGAUUUAUAAAGAUAACAUGAAUAAUAAAUUAUGUAAGAUAAUUCUAAAUAAGUUGAUAAAUUGAAAGGCACUUCAUAGCCAUAACAUAAUUAAUAUAAUGAAUAUGAUACCUUCAAUCAGUAAAAUUAAUUUCAAUAAUAGCAAUAUGACUAACAAUUUCAAUUGAAUUAAUAAUAAUAAAAAUAGGAUUAUUAAUACUUUUAGGAACAACCCUAACAAAACUCAUUUAAACCAAUAAAACAAAAUAACCCUCAUUAAUUAGAAACUGAUUAUUAGCAAUUUGAGCAAAAUAUUCCAAAAUAACAUUAAAAUUAUUUUUCUUAAGAUUAUUACUAAUCACCUACAAAAUUGGAAGGGAGUUCAAAUAAUAUAGAAUAGUAUUAGGAUUAGUUCAAUUAGAAACCAAACGGAAUGAAAUUAACUUUUGGAAAUGGAACUGAUUAGGAAUAAGAUUAGACGAAUAAGGGGUCAAGUUAAGUGUAAUUCAAAGAGAUUAGAAAUUCUGAGCAGUAAAAAUACUAACAAAAACAAAAUGAUUCUUCAGGCUAUUAAUUGAAUUCUCAAUCACUUGACCUGUACCAAAAAUUAAGUAGAUCUGGAUAUUCACUACAAAUGAUUGAUAUUUGGAAGAAUACUUGCUUAUCGGGGUAGGGCAAUUUAUUUGAGAACGAAUUAAUUAGAGUGUAUUGUACAUUUGGGUUUUAGUAUCAAGUCUUAAAUGGUAAAAAUUAUCUAAAAAUAUCAUUGUUUAUUUUCAAUAAGACAGAGCAGAAUUGGCCCAUUAACAUCAAGUUUCAAGGGGAUAGAUCAACGAAAUUUUGGAUAAAAUAGGACAAUAGAAAGGUUCUGGAAAGAGAAUUGCAGUACUUAAUAAUGGUUGAUGAAUGCAAAGAUCCAAUAAUUUGUAAGAUACAGAUUGAGAAUAUGUUCUUCAAUGUGUUGUUACCAACAAACCAGUUUAAUUUUAUAGAUUUUUUUGAUUUGAGGCCAGAGAUUAUGCAGCUUAAGGUGAAGGAUGCUCAGUUUCAUAAAAGCCAGCCUUUUAGAUUGUAGGUUGGGUUGGAAACGUUAAAGAAACUUCGAUUUGCAGUGGUGAAUGACUAUUAUGGUAAUGGAUUGGUACUAAAUAGGGGCUGCGUAUGGGAAUAAUGA